UAAGGUCAUGGUUAAAAGAGCCUUAUCUGGUUUCACACGCAUCACAAAAUGUGAAAUUCAUUGGGGACACUAUCAGUUUAGUUCGAUUGAGAUUCGAUAUCAGUUUUUCAUUUUAUAAUUUAUGCACAUGGGCAGCAGUGACCGGCAGUUUAAUUAGAAACCUUCGUUAGUGUUACGCCUAGGCUUUGUUGAGUUUACAAAAAGAUAUUGCUCGUAACGGUUGUGUUGUGAAGGAAUUCAAUUAUUGAAUUAAAAUAAAAAAUACGCGUUGAGUAUUUUCAUCAUUUUGUUAGGAAAAAGUGAGUUACCAUCUUUUUUCGGUUGUUUACGGAAGUAAAAUAUUUAAUAUUGUUUUUUUUUUUUUUUAAUUUACUUGACAAACAGGAACUUUCUGAAAGUCAGAUUUUAAUAAAAUCUUUUAGUUUUAAACACAAACCAUUGAUGCUUACACCCGCAAUCCUAUUUUUUUGGAAAUAUCUGAUAAUUGCAGGUUGAAGAGCCUUACUACUGCGAAUUGAUAUCAGUAAAUUCUUUUAACGAUGACUCCCAGACUACCAAUUCAUUUGCCAAAUCAGCAUUUGGAAAAAUUAGAUUCUGAUUUUCUUUAUCAUCUUGGAAUCAACAGCAAAACGACAAAUCUUGAAAAAUAUUUUGGAGAUGUCAAGUUCGUCUGCAUGGGUGGAACAAAAACCCGUAUGUUCGAAUUAGCAAAGUACUUACAAAAAGUCUUAGGCUUAAAUGGAGAAUUGGUAGAUCUAUGCGAGAAAGCCCAUCGUUAUGCAUUAUAUAAGGUCGGUCCCGUUUUAUGUGCCAGUCAUGGUAUUGGAAUGCCAUCGAUGAGUAUCCUUCUGCAUGAAAUGAUAAAAUUGGUCAUAUAUGCCAAAUGCAAAGAUCCAAUUUUUUUGAGAAUAGGAACAUCUGGUGGAUUGGGAAUACCAAUUGGAACAGUAGUUGUCACCAAAGAUGCUUACAAUGGCUAUAUUAGAAAUGAACAUGAACUGGCAAUUCUUGGAGAACGUGUAUGUCGCCCAGCAAAAUUUAACGAAGAAGUCUACACCAAUCUUUUAGCAUGUGCUGAAGAAGACGAUGAAUUUGCUACGAUUUUAGGCAACACAAUGGCAACUGACGAUUUCUAUGAAGGUCAAGGACGUUUAGACGGUGCAAUUUGUUCACACAACGAGGAACAAAAAAUGACAUUUUUAAGGAAACUUCACGAUCAUGGUAUUCGAAAUAUUGAAAUGGAAGCAACAAUGUUUUCAUCGUUAACACAUCACAUUGGUAUUAAAGCUGGAGAAGUUUGUGUGACACUAGUUGAUAGACUAAAGGGUGAUCAGGUUACGCAAUCAAAUAUUCCUAAAGAAGUUCUAGAACAAAGACCAUUGACGAUGGCUGGACGUUUUAUUAAAAAACAAUUGAAUUUAUAAUGUUAAAAUAAUUUUUUAGAUGUACUCAACUUUAGUAAAACCAAAUGUAAUGUUAGAAAAUUGUACAAAAAAUUAUUUUUUAUCUUUAUAACGGUUUCAAAAACAAUAAUAAUUAUAAAUGACUGUAAGCCUUGACUUUGCUCUUUAAUAAAGUAAUAAUGCAAUCCA